GGUAGCUGACUCCUGUAUCACGAGACAAGCUAACACAGUGUCGUUUCAGUUUCAGUAUGAGAUAAAGUGUUAGCAAAACAAAAUCCCAAACAAUAUUAUUUAACCUACUUAUCGAGCAUCAGCCCACUGAGGACAAGUUCUGUUUUUUCCAUCCUGAACGACCAACCAUGACAGCCAUGCGCGUCGAUGCCAAGGUGGUCAUGCUGGGGAAGGAGAGUGUUGGGAAAACCAGCUUAGUUGAGAGAUACGUUCACCACCGCUUCCUGGUUGGACCGUAUCAGAAUACCAUCGGAGCUGCAUUUGUGGCCAAGUCCAUCAACGUUGGCAACAAAGUGAUUACUCUGGGAAUAUGGGACACGGCCGGAUCGGAGCGCUACGAGGCCAUGAGCAGAAUUUACUACAGAGGAGCCCGAGCUGCCAUCGUGUGUUACGACUUAACAGACAACAGCAGCUUCCAGAGAGCCAGAUUCUGGGUAAAGGAGUUACAGACAUUUGAGGAGCACUGUAAGAUCUACCUGUGCGGCACCAAGAACGACCUGGUCGAAGGUGACCGCAGUGCACGGCAAGUCGACUACCACGACGUACAGGACUUUGUGGAAGAAAUAGGAGCACAGCAUUUCGAGACCUCCAGCAAAACAGGAAACAACGUCGACGCACUUUUUCUGAAAGUAGCCGAGGAUUUUAGUAACUCGGCAUUCGAGUUUCUUCCAGAGGAGAAAGGCGUGAACCUGGACCAAAAGAAGAACUCGUACAUCUACACCUGCUGUCAUCACUGACGUGUCACUUCACCUCGACGUCUCCUGGCUUUUUUUUUUUUUUUGCUUUUUUUUUUUUCUCGAGGAAAAAAAAACCCAGAAACCGAGAGUUUAGUUUCUCCAGGUGUAUCGUCAGAUAAAAGUGCGAAGAUUGCGAGGACGCUCGAACGAAACGGCGCGAGAUUGAACGGCGGCAGACUCUUUAGCCGUAAAUGGGGAAGAAACAAGAAGAAGUGGAACCUGCAGUGCAUGGAAGUGAUUAUUAUGCCGUGUUCCUCUGGUUCUCCCCAAACACACACACACACACACACACACACACACACGUUUUGUUGUUGUUGAUCCGAGUUUACACACACAAACGCACUCUUCGGUUUAUUUAUUUGCAUUUGUGGUUUGUAGCCUUUUCCCCCCCCUCUCCCAGCAUGAUUUAUAGGUCAAAACGUGGGUUUGAGGACCCUGGAUGAGACGAAACAGUGUUGAAUUUUUUUAUAGCAGGUUUAAAGAAGGUAGAAAAAAAAAACUGCAAAAUUAAAACUGAAGUAUUUGUGCAUUAAUGUGGAUUUUUACUUCAGACUCCAUGUUAACUCAACGCAUUAUGUUCAGGAUUAUUAUUAUUAUUAUUAUUAUUAUUAUUAUUGCUAUUUGAAGUGACCUUUGAUCUUUCUCUUGUAUCAAAUAUGACUUUCAUGUUUACAUUCAUUUUUUAUUUUGUUCAUUCGAUACGGCGAUGAAGAAUUCGCUCCGAUUGUGUGUAAAAAAAACAAAACAAAAAACAUUGUUUGUGUUUACCGAUUUCAGCUUUGUAUUGUGCCUGCACAGGAAACACACCGCAAACCAGCGGGAAAAGUGUUCGUGCCAUGCAGCAGGCCUUCAGUGUAAACGCAGCCUGCCUGUAUUUUAUCGUAACUCGUACCCCAGUGUUCGCCGUCCCACUGCUGUGCGGUCCGAUCCGAUCCAAAGGAAGACGAAGCAAACCCCCCCCUGAGAAGUGUAUACGCAGGUCACUACACGAACGGAUCUCAUUGUGAGCAGCAGAUCGACAACAGAUUGUCAGUCAGAACGUAAAACUUUCUGUAUUUGUCAUUUAUUAUGUACAAAGCGCUACAGGACAAUUAAACGCUCUCACAAGGCA